AUGAAUCCUUAUCCCAACAACUUAUACAACGUUGAGGAAGACGAUGACGAAAUUUCCGAACCAAUCGAGGAUGAUGCAGGCUUUUCUGAUGACGAUGACGAAAUUUCCGAACCAAUCGAGGAUGAUGCAGGCUUUUCUGAUGGUGAAUACGAUGACGACGAAUCCGAUUCCUACUACAGCGAAGGAGAAGGAGGCUCAUUUCAGGAUCCCUACCUUUCAAGUCAAGAUGGCUCCUUUCGGUCACCAGAAGGGGGCUUUCCGCCGCCGGAACAACGGCAAGGUUUUCUUGGAAGCACCACCACGUCUAGUUCUUCCUUUGAUGGCUUGGAUGAUUCCUUUGCCAACGCAACAGCUCCAUCAGACUUUGAUUCGAGUAGGUUGGAAAGGACGGUGUCUUCGCAAGAUGAAGUAGAAGCGCCGAGGCAGCAAAUUUCUAUCCAAGACCGUGCUGCUGCUUAUCGAAGGGAAUUUGAAGAACUUAUUGAGCUUGCAGAGAAUGGCCAACAAUUGACUCCUGAUGAAGAUGACCGAUUAUACUGCCUUGAGUUGUUUGCACGACAACGAGUCGGGGAGGCUCUCACUGAAGAUGAAAGACUGGAUUUGGAAGAUUGGCUAGAAGAAGAAACGGAGAAGGAAGCAGUUAGGGAAAUUGAAGAAGACACUAGAGACAAUACCCAACGCGCAGGAAACAAUCGCAACACAGAACAAGAAGGCUCUGACAGCUUUCCCGGCGACGAAUCAAUGGUUUCUCCCCCAGACAAGUUGAUGGCACCCAAACUGUGGGAAUCUUCCACCAGGCACGGCUCCGAGGCCAUGGCUGGUUCACAAAAACUGUGGGAGUCUUCCACAAGACAUAACGAUUCGGGAGCCAUGGGGGACUUUUCGCCCAAUCAAAGAUGGGAAGUAUCUCCCAAAACCUCGGAUGUCAUUGCCAUGGAGUUUUUGCAACAACCUGACAUGGUAGAAUCCGAAAAUGGUUCCGAUUCCAAGCAGAGCGAAAGUGGAAGCAUGGAAUUCGACGAAGAACUAGAAGAAGAAGGGGACCAGCACGAGGGACCGCCACCAGCCAAUGCUCCAAUGAACGACGAUGCGUCACCACAAAGCCCCAAUCGGAGUGACAGUCCUUGUGACAACUGGGGUCAAUCGAAACAAAAACAAAGGUCCCCAAAAAACAAAGAGGCUUUGGAUGACAAGGAGCCAUUAGAUUGGGGCGAUGGUUUUGGGGCAGAAACUUCUCCCUGGGAUGACACCAAAGAAUCAGAUUGGGGUGAUGGUUUUGGGGAUGAUCCGUUUGGCGGAGACGACGCGUUUGGUGGAGAUGAUCCGUUUGACGAUUUUGAUGGAUUUGGAGGGGAGGCUAGUGAAAGGGAUGAUCCUUUUGGGAAGAUGCAAGAUCCGCUUGUUACUGAAUCAGAUUCAAACCCUGGAGAUCCUUCCUUUGAAGGAGACGAUGCAUUCGGGCGUGGCUAUGGUGAUGCAGAGCAUGAAUCUUUUGGAGGGGAUACUCCUUCUCCUGAUCCAGAGUCAAAGCAAGCAGAUUUUGAUGACGAUCAGGAUCAUAAUUUUAAGAAGAUGCAAGAUCCUCCUUCUCCUGAUCCAGAGUCAAAGCAAGCGGAUUUUGAUGAUGUUAGAGGGGAGCCUGUUGAUCAAGAUCCUCUUUCUCCUUAUCUAGAGCCGAACCCUACAGAUCCUUCAUUGGAAGGAGAUGAUGCGUUUGGUGGUGGCUUUGGUGCUGUAGAGGAUGAAGCUUUUGGAAUGGAGACUGUUGAUCAGGGUGGUGCUUUUGGGGCGAUGAAUGUUAACUUUUCUCAUGAUCGAGAGUCAAAUCCAGCAGAUCCUUCAUUGGAAGGCGACAGUGCGUUUGCAGUUGGAUUUGGCGAGGGAGAGGAUCAUUCGUGCGGAGUAGAAUCAGUUAGUCAGGAUGAUUCUUCUGGGAAGAUGCAAAGUCCUCUUUCUCCUGAAGUAGAGUCAAACCCUGCAGAUUCUGCACUGGGCGGAGACACAACUUUCGGAGCUGGCUUUGACAAUGUACUUACAGACGAUGAGUUUGGAGGGGAGACUAUUGAUCAAGAUGAUUCUUUUGGGAAGAUGCAAAAUCAUCCGUCUCCUUAUCCAGAGUCAAACCUGGUAGAUUCUUCUUUGGAAGGAGACAAUGCGUUUGGAGGUGCCUUUGACGACGUAGGUCAAGAUGGUUCUUUUGAGAAGAUGCAACACCCUCCCUCACCAGACCCAGAGUCAAAUCCGGUAGAUUCAAAACAGGAAGAAGACGUUGCACAUGUAGGUGGCUUGGACGACGUAGAUCGAGAUAAUUCAUUUGGGAGAGUGCACAAUCGUCUUUCUCCUGAACCAGAGUCAAAUCCAUCAGAUUUUGAUGACUUCGGACGAGAGAAGAGUGAGCAACAUCAUGCUUUUGGAAAGCAGCAAAGUUCUGAUUCUUCUGAACCACAUACUAGACCAGUAGAUGCUGCAUUCCAUUCAGACAAUGCAUGUGGAGGCAGCUUUGGUAUUGAAGGUGACGGUGCGUUUGGAAGUAGCUUUGGUAGCACCGAAGCAGAAGAGAAUACGUUUGAAGGUGGCUCUUGUGGUGGAGCAGGAGAUGAUGUAUUUGAAGAUUUUGGAGCGUUGCCAUCGUUUGGAGAUGAUUGCAAUAACGGAAACGAAAAUGUGGAAUGGAAUCAAGAGAGCAUGGCCGAAGACAUGGAAGAGCAGAACGAUGACGAACCUAGAGAUGAUGGCUUUCAAAUUAAUGAUCCCAAUGCAUUCGCAGAAAAACAAGUAGGUGAAGCGACCAGCCAGCAAUCUACUAAUGCAGCAAACAUUGACGGAGAGCCUGACAGGUUCGUCCAUUCAGAGGGAAACGAGCAAACUUUGGAAGAAGAACGAAGUGAGAUCUCCGCAAAACACCCAUGUCCCCAAUAUGAUGAUGCAUUCGCGAGCACAAGCCAAGUUUUGGAUUUGAUGCAAGAAAAUCUGAUCAAAGAUUCAUGGGAAGCAGGUCCUGCAUUGAAAAUUGAUGUCGAUGCAGGCGGACGUCUUGCGCAGAAGGAUGCCGACAGCAGCCUACAUGAGCAAGAAGUGUCAAGUGCCGAACCAGUAAAGCCAAGAGGUGACUCCUUUGCCCAUGAGGACGGCUCGAUGUCGAACAGGCAAGAAGCUGUAAAAGUGCCACAAGAAAAGCAGCAAGAGGCUGAUGGGUUUAUACACCCAAUGAAUGGCAGUUCUGCUCCUUUUGAGGGGAAGAUUGGUGCUUUAUUUGAUGAUGCGGCAACGGACGUCAAGAAUGAUAUGGUGGCAGCCGGCAAAUUUGACCACCAUGAUGAUGGAAAUUCGCAGUCAAGAGAAAGUCAAGCGGCAGAUUUUUUGAAACCCGUACAUCCCUCAGGUGGAUCCAGUCAAGAAUUCACUAAAAUCCAGGGCGAUAAUGUUGCGAGCGACACUCGUGUUGAUCUUGGUGGCAAGGGAGAUACUGUCGAGCGAGAAGGUACUCCAAUGCAACUCAACGACCACGGAAGUGAUUCACAAAAUAGUGGCUCAAUUUCGAACAUGAGCCAAGUUGAUGAUUGGUCUGAUCUAGAACCGCCGUCGAGUGGCCUGCUAUCUCCACAAUCGAUCGGGUUCCAAGGAGGUGGAGGCACGGCAAGUAGCAAUUUUGAUGAUGCUGCGAAUCACAUCGAUGUUCCAGACGGGGAACGCAUGGGAGACGAAGUUGCCUUUGACACUAAGACGGGUGUGGAUUCGGUAACCCAAGAACGAACUAUGGAUAUCGAAUCAUCCAGUGCAGUUCAAGAGUUUGAUGAAGGUCCUUUGGAAGAAAUUUGGGGUGAAGACGAUAGGGAAACGGAGAUUUCAAAUGAGUCGGAAGUCAAGAGUAGGACCCAUAUGCAAGGUCCUGAGACGUCAAAUCAAACUUUGGUUAACGGCAAUCUGCAAUCGCCUGCACAUGAAAAGGAUGUUAGCGGAGAUGAAAGUAUUUGUUAUACUGGCAAAGAAACUAACAAUACAGAAGUUGUACACGUGCAUUCACAAAAGAACAAACGAAUGGCCCCCGGUUGGGCUGGGCUCCUAGUGCAAUCAAGUUUUGGCCAGGGUUCUGAUUUACUUGAUUCAAAAUCAAAAAGAAUUAAAAAUGAUGGCGGCAGCAACGAGCAAGCUAGAAUUGCCAAUUUAUGGGGUACUGACAGCAAUAUGCAUGGGCCCCAAGGAACUGCGUCCAACCACGAAGAGCAAGCGUCCCAAUCAUUUGCAUCUGAGAUGAUCGGUGAGGAAGGUGACACAGAUGCGGAAGAGGAAGAAAACGUCGUCGUAGAAGAUACACUUCGACAUAGCGAUGUCACCUUUGAGUCAGAAAAAAGCGAAGAAGCAGUUGUCACUCCAAUGCGUCCUGUUUCUCCAGCAAUGGCAGCUCGACAAGACUUUGAAGCGUUUGAAAAUAAAGAAGAUAUUGAUGAUAGUCCCAGCAUCCUUGGAAGCAGUAGUGACAAUAGUGAUCGUGAAAUGAAUGUCCCAGAAUCGAAAGGACAAAGAAGUACUACAGACAACGUUUCUGAUGGCUUACCUAUCGACAGGAACCAUUCUGCGGAUUCAAUGGGCGAUGAGCAGCCCUUUGAUGCGAUGCGAGAGCAAACAGCAUCGUCUGAUGGUAGUGCUUUUGUUAUGGCUGCAAAUGAAGAAAGCGCCACAUCAAUUGAGAGACGAGGUGGUACUUCUGUAGACCAGGGCAUGGGUGACAAAUCGCCUGCUGGAUCUAAGUCAUCUGAAGAUAAUGCAGCAGGAAAUAGCUUUGCUAGUAUUGAAGGGAAUGCCGACAUAAAAAAGGUGGUAAUAGAAGGUGAAGCGGAUGGGGCCAGUUUUCACAGCGCUGAUAACAAUCUAAGAUCAAGCACAAGUCAAAACGUGGUUAUAGGGAAUGAAAAGCAAGACGAACAUGCUUUUUUUAAAUCACCCGUUGCGGAUGAUAGAUUUGGUCUGACUGACUCCUGGGGCGGUGGUGCUCCAGGCUUUGAUCAAGACGAUGAAAAGGUACUAGAAGGUGAAGCGGCUGAGACCAGUUUUCACAGCGAUGACAAUAAUUCAAGAUCGAGCACAAGCCAGAACGUGGUUAUAGCGAAUGAAAAGCAAGACGACGAUCAUUUUUUCAAAUCACCCGUGGCGGACGAUGGAUUUGGUCUGACUGACUCCUGGGGCGAUGAUGUUCCUGGCUUUGAUCAAGAUGAUGAGAACGUACCAAAAGGUGAAGCAGCUGGGGCCAGUUUUCACAGCGAUGACAAUAAUUCAAGAUCAAGUACAAGCCAGAACGUGGUUAUAGCGAAUGAAAAGCAAGACGAACAUGCUUUUUUCAAAUCACCCGUUGCGGACGAUAGAUUUGGUCUGACUGACUCCUGGGACGAUGAUGCUCCUGGCUUUGAUCAAGAUAAUGAGAACGUACCAGAAGGUGAAGCAGCUGAGGCCAGCUUUCACAGCGAUGACAAUAAUUCAAGAUCAAGCACAAGCCAGAACGUGGUUUUAGCGAAUGAAAAGAAAGACGACGACCAUUUUUUCAAAUCACCCGUUGCGGACGGUGGAUUUGGUUUGACUGACUCCGACUUUGAUCAAGACGACGAGAACGUACCAGAAGGUGAUGCAGCUGGGGCCAGUUUUCACAGCGGUUAUGAUAAUUCAAGAUCAAGCACAAGCCAGAAUGUGGUUAUAGGGAAUGAAAAGAAAGAUGACCAUCAUUUUUUCAAAUCAUCCGUUGUUGACGAUGGAUUUGAUCUGACUGACUCCUCCCCCGUAGUAGCUUGGGGUGGUGAUGCUCCUGGCUUUAAUCAAGAUGAUGAGAACAUGGAUGGUGUACUUCUAGAAGAACCAGUGGUUUCACAAGGCCAUUUCUCUGGAGAUUCAAAUGAACACUCAAAUGAUGCAUCAGAAAAUAGUUCUCGAGUGCAAAGCUUUAGUGACGGAUCCCAAGCAAGCGAAUCCAUUGUGGACUCUCCUGUACCAGAUGGAGAGCAAAAAUCAAUGUUCCACGGUGAACCAAAGUCCUCAUAUGGCGGUGAUGCAGACAAAAGUAUCGAGACAAGUAUCUAUCUCAGCGAAUCAUCCCAUCGGUCUGCAGACGAUGAUCUCCCAUUCGCCAGUUCUGCCGAUGAUUGGUCUGUUCCUGAAACGGACGCUGACUCUAAACCACAGGAUGAACGGGGUCCAUCACCCGUGGAAUCCGAAGAAAUUGAGAACGUAAAUAACAACUCCAGCGCCUUGCCAAAUUCUGGGACACGUGAUAGUGUGGGUGAAUCCGCUUCUGACGAAGAAUUUAAGGUUGAUAAUGAACCAUCGACCGUUGGAUUCAAUCGGAUGGAAUCCGUGGUCAAAGCGGAUCAACUGGCUACGACCAAUAAUGAAACGCGAUCACUUGUGGACCACAACAAUGACAUGGAUUCUCAAUCUGUGCGGUCACAGCAUUCUACUGCUUCAUCCUCAAAAGAAACGAGUGUGGGCGGGUCAUGGGACCCCCAUGCUACAUUUCAAACUGAAAACAGAGACCCCGAAUUGCCGCAACCAGCUUCAAAAGAGCAAAGGCCAUCGUCAAAUUCAUCUCACUCGGAAGGUGAUAGCGACACAUGGUCUGAAUUCGACGAACCAGAAAAUGCUAUUGGCAAGUCAAUCCAGUCACUAACAACGACGAAUGGACAUACAAAUCGAUCGGUUUCCCAUUCCACUAAAAUGUCAACCGCAUCUUCGCUCCGUUCCCAGAUGUCUUUUCCAGAGUAUGCAGGGGAAGCUGAACAAGCAUCUGAAACGUCGACACGGUCCGAAAGGAAGGAAGCCGGAAAUGAUGGAGCAGAGUCGGUAGCUUCCAAUGCCCAGAAGAGCAUAUCUCAUCUCCAAUUGUCAAAGAAGUUCGAGGCUGGAGGUAAUGAUCAGGAGGCUGGCAUGCAGGAUGAGAGAAGUCGCGCCACAAAUGGAGACAGGAGUAAUAAAUCUGACGCGCCCUCGAAAAAGUACCAAAUGUCCGAAGGUUCCAUAAACCUUGGAGAAGUCUUUGGGAAAUCUGAAAGUUUCUUCUCUGACAACAAGGUUGAAGAACCAAAGGCCAAAGAAGACCCAAAAGCUAAAAAAGGCCUAUCCACAAUUGCAUCCCAGCAUUCCCGAAGAACCACAAAUGAAUCCCAGCAUUCCCAAAGAUCGGUGUCUCAAAGAUUUGAAUCCCAGCAUUCUCGAAGAUCAGUGUCUCAAAGAUCACAAUCACGGCGAUCACAGUCUCAGCACAAGUCUACCCCUCAAAUACAAGAUGAAACUCGAACUCCCUCGGUGAGGAAAAAGAAAGUAUAUGGUGGCAAGAGGAGUCCGUCGUGGAGGAAAGCGAAUAUGAAUAAUGAUAGACGAGGGCAAUCGCUGAAGAGCUCAAAAGGACAGGACAAAAAAGACAUAGCGAAACCACGAAAAAUGCGGACUCCGAAGGAGAUAGAAGAACGAAGGAAAAAGCGACUGAAACGAAAACGAGUGAAAAAAGAAGCCAAGAGCCCGGCACUGUUGGCAUUUGUCGCUAGUGUGAACAGUGCUAUGCUGGAACUCGAAAAAAUUGAAGAGGAAUUAAAAGACGAAAAUCUGGAAGAGACUUCAGCACAUCAAUUGCUGAAUGGAUUCGAUGCUCUCAUGGGUAUCUUUCUCCAGCUUUCUGACGAAAUUGAGUUAAUGUCCACCUUCGCAGGAUUAAAAAAGAAGAAAGAAAAUGAUACAAUAACUUCUUAUCAUGCACUGAAAGAAGUCUUGAGUUUCGCCGAGAGCCUCGAUCAACUGUUCGCUGAUCUGAAACCAAUAAUCCUUAAUUGUUUUGCAGAAGAACCUGACGAAGAGAUGGAAGAUAUGCUUUUUCGGUUGAACUCAUUGGUGGAUUUGCUUUGUGAAACGUCACACCGAGUCGGGCAGAAACAGGAGUGGAACGAUCGUGCGGAGACAACCUAUGUAACUCUUUUGGAACUCAUGGAACUCGAGACACUCGAACUCCAAUGCUAUUUUGAAAAUGUAGACGUCCCAGAACAGGGAAUAUCAGCAAAUAUUCAUGAGGCAUGGUCUGCAACCGGUCAUAUGGAAGAACUGCAAGCAUUAGAGCUUGCUGCAAAUGACCCGUUGCUAUUCCGACAACUAUGCUAUGAAGUUAUGGUUAGCACAGAUCAAUGGUGCCCCGAUGUUGAUACGCUGAUGGAAAUUUGUGAUAUUGACCCCGACAUAUUGGAAGAAGAACCAGAUCCAGAAUACCUCGAGGAGGAGGACUUGGCGCCUAUUCCUCGAGCAGCCGAGCACAUCCUUGACAAAAUCAAUGGGGAUCCCUUGCCUCGUUCUGAAGCCCUUGCAGCUAUCUUGAGAAGAAUAUUGCCUCCACGAGCGAUGACGGAUUUGACGCUUCUGGACAACUUUACGAGCAUUCGAAAUACAUUGGAUAAUCCUCUUGGUCUCUCUGCAACUAAUCUUGUUGCAAUUACGUCUGCUCCAGAAGUUUUGAAUGACCCAAGUGCAUUAGGUGUUGCAGGUGUUGGAAAAACCACUCUUGCGGCAAUGGUUGCAGAACAUCCUGAUGUCCGAAGAUACUUUAUCGACGGCGUGGUCUGGAUUUAUGUCGGUGACAAAGAGUUGACCUACAGUCGGUACACCCAGUGUUUGCGGGAUUUAGUGGCACAAUUGGAUUUUUACGACGGGGUGCCUUUGUUUGCGGAGCUAAUUCAUACCCCAGGAGAAUGCCUGACAAAGAGAAGACGACGAGAAGAGGGCUUUAUGAUUUACGCCCGCGACACAAUUGUUGAGCUCUUAGAAGAUAGGAGUGUCCUAAUCAUCCUUGAUGAUGUUUGUUUUGAACCAGACCUCGACUGGUUUGAUUUUACGCCCAUGCCAGAGGGUUCUCAGGACGAUCAAGGCACCGACGUCGCACUACUAGUGAGCACACGCGCCCGUGAUUUGCUUCCAGCGGCAGACACUGUGGAGGUAGACAUGCUCGAUGAGGCUGAUGCCAUAGCAUUAUUAAUCCAAGAAUCAGGGCAACUCUCUCACACACUCAUGGCAGAAUCAAAAGAGGCUAUAUCUGUUGUGAGAGAAUGUGCGAAUCAUCCAUUAGCUGUUAAAAGCGUUGGUCGCUGGUUGGGAUUGAAACAUGUAACAGCUGGUGCAGUGAGCAGUGCGGAAGAAAUCCAUGCAGAAGUUGUGAAGUCGAUGGAGAAGAUUCUCAAGGGUGGGGUUCAUUCUGGAACUGACAUGAUGUACGAAAUCCUGAGCCUCAGUCUCAGUCCUGCAAUCAAUGGCGAAGCAACAAAUAUCAUCAAGUACUGCUUCGCAGCUUUUGUCAUAGUGUUCUGUGACAAAGAACACAUAUCAGAAUUUGCCUUGACCGAACCAACUCCCAUUGUACCAAUGGGCAUGGCACAGUUGCUUUUUGAAACACUUCUUGAAAUUAACGAGAGCGCUCUCCUUCAGGAGGGCAGUUUAUUUUAUGCCCAGAAAAAAGAAGCUGCCGUCUUAAUCCCUGAGGCUCUUUCUGCCUUGGGUGUGCUGAAGGUUGGCACGUACUCUGAUGAAGAUGAACACGAAGAGCUGGAUGGCGACCAAAAAUUUCUUCAAGUAGUGCACAGUAUUCAUCAUGAAUAUGGAGAAUAUUUGUGCUUCGAAGAACCUGCCUUAAAAAUGUUGACGAGAGAUGCAGAACAGGAAUGGAAUCGAGCCCUGGCAGAAGCAUCUGUUAAGGAUGUCGACAGAUGGGAUGACAAUCUUGAUGACGCUGGCCAUGGCUAUGUACUUGAAAUGAUCGUUUCUCAUAUGAUUCGCGGCGCCAUGUACAACGAAGCUUCUGAUCUUCUUGCAAACAAGGGUUUUGUCCGUGGGCGUUUGAUGUCGCUUGGGCGAGAAUGUGCUACACGAAGGCACAUUAAGGACUGCGUUCUGCUCUCAACGAAGCUCAGCGAAACACGUUCGAAAAUCUCAAAGCUAGAGCAAAGGAGUAUCAUGAAACGGGCGUAUCACUCUCUAGGAAGCCAGUUGACGAUGGAGUAUGAUAUCGAGCUGGUGGAAGACGCUCGCAUGAAGGAUAUUGACAUUGCUAGGUCACACUAUGAGAUUGGAUUUUCCUUGGCAGAACAUCGAUGCUGGGAUGCGGCAAUCGCGCAUUGGGAAUCAAGUCAACAAUUACUUGAAAACGCCCUGGGGACUGUCGAAGUUGUCGCUGGGAUUAUGUACAACAUUGGUGUUUCUUAUGCAGAAAUGAACGAGUACGACCAAGCCCUCAAUGCGAUAAAGCAGUGUCUUCGAAUCCGUGGGGCAAUUCAUGGCGAGCACCACAUUUUGUAUGCUCAGACAAUUCAGAAGAUCGGUGACAUUUUCUUGGGAAUGAGUGACUACAAUGAAGCAGUUGAGAGCUAUGAUUGGGCCCUUGAGGUCAUGAAUAGAGAGCCGGCGCUGCAUCGAGUUGGCAUUGGCGAAAUCCUUGACAACAAAGGAAGUAUUCAUAGAAGUAAAGGUGAAUUGGAAGAGUCCCUCAAAUCCCACCGAGAAGCCUUAAGGUCGAAGCAGAUGGAUCUUGGAGAAGAUCAUCCAGAGUUAGUCGUCACCUAUCAGCACAUCGGUAAUUGCUUGUCAGAGCAAGGUAAUGAUGAUGAUGCAAUUGUUCAUCUUGAAGAGGCGAUAAGACUCAAGGAACUUGACCUUGACGGUGGUGCAGAAGGCGAAUCUGAUAUUCUGACACUGGAAGGGUUCAUCCUUUUCAUUGAGAGAAACCAAGAGCAGGGCCUCGAAUGCUAUGAGAAAGCCCUUCAGAUUCUUGUCACAAAAGCGCCCUAUCGCAAGGAGAAAAUAGCUUACCUUCUCCACUUGAUUGGAUGUGUGUAUCUUACAGGUGGAGAGCACAGAAAGGCGAUUAAGAUGUUUCAAGAAAGUUUGCGUGGGCGACGAAAAGUUCUAGGCUAUGUGCACCUUGAUGUUGCAAGUACGCUUUUCAACAUGGCAUUUCUGUACAAAUCCCGAAAUCGUUUAGAUAAGGCACUAAGAUGUCUUGAAGAAGCUCUGAAAAUUCGAGCAUUGCGGGUACCAGAAACUGAAACAGUUGCUAUGACUCACGAAAAGAUAGGUUCCCUGUGCAGAGCUAUUGGGAAAAUGAAGAAAGCGCAAAUUGAGUUCGAAACGGCAUUGCGACUUCGAAAAAUGAUUCAUGGCAAGGAUCACAUCAAAGUUGCAUCUGUGUUGCAAGAAUUAGGGGACUUAAUGGAUGAUAUAGGGGAGUAUGGCCAGGCUCUGAUUUACUAUAUGGAUGCUCUGGAUAUCCGGCGAGCAAAGCUGGAAAAUUCUCAUGUGGCCGUUGCUGAAACUUUGUAUUCCAUGGGCUAUACUCUGCAUACCAACGGUCAACUGGAUCGCGCAUUAACUUGCUUUGAUGAAUCGUUGAGCAUCCGAAAGUAUCAGCUUGGGGACGAUUCAAAGGAGGUUGGAGACACACUCAACAUGAUGGGAUUUCUCAAAGCAAGUCGUGGUGAUUUGGAAGAGGCUUUAACUAUAUUGUGGGAUGCCCUUCGAAUCCGCAAGAAGCAGAAAGACAAGAUAAAGGUAUCCGAGACGUUGAACAACAUUGGAAACGUGCAUCGAGAAAAAAAGGAUUACGACGUUGCCGUGCAGUGCUACGAAGAAUGUUUGCGUAUCCGCCGAGCUGAACUUGGUGAGGAGCAUGAAAAAGUAGCCGACUCGUUGAUCGCUUUGGGAAAUAUUUAUGGUGACACAAAAAAGAAUGAAGAAGCCAUGCAAGCUUACCAGGAGGCCCUCAAGAUACGCACAAAAGUAUUUGGGGAACGGGACGAAAGAGUUGCAACUGUUUUGCAGUACAUGGGAACAGUUGAGUUCCGCUCAGCAAAUCAAGAUAGAGCAAGGGAUCUUUUCACAGAAUUCAUCAAAAUACGCAAGGAAAACAACGCCAUGAAUGAUUCUGAUUAUGUUAAUGUACUAUUCACGAUUGGUAAUAUCCACAAAUUACAAGGGAAUCAAGCUCAGGCCCGACAGUGUUGGACAGAAGCAUAUCAAACUUUCCUGGAGCUUGGCCUGGAAGAAACAAAUCCGAAGAUCGCAUCGAUGAUGAACGAACUCAUUCUGAUGGACAUGAGAGAUGAUGACAAAGCAGAUCAGAGAAGGAAUGCAGCACUUUCAUUCCUCGGAAAAAUAACGAAGAGGCCAACGAAAGAUCCCGAUGAGCCCCAAAAAGAUCUUGACGGAAAGAACCGUCAAGCUGGAAAUGCGAUUCAACUUUAA